GCGACGAGGCAACACUGUGGAAAAUAAUUAGAAGUCGGCUGUUAUCAGGGACAAACUGGGCAUGACCAUGAUUUUUUUUGUCAAUUUUAUAAACUUCAUUUUUUAAGCGUUCCGAUACGUGGACUUAGCAGCUCUGGAUAAGGAUCCGUAAGAGGUUUUAGGGCGGUUUUCUUAGUGUGGGAACAGUGCCAGGCAGGGACACACCGAUAACCGUUAGUUGUGUUCGCAUCCUCCAGAAUGCCGCGGGACAACAAAACUCCUCUGAUCCAGAAAAUAGCCAAACAAGCCUCCAUCACCUUCAAAGACCUGAAGGCUCCGGACACCGGGGGGGACAGGAAACUCCAUGCGGACAAACACAGUGAACUUAUCUCCUUAGUGACCGCGCUCAGGGCUGCGGACCUCAAAAUAGUUCCCCGGAAAACCAAAGCCAGCUCCGGGGCAGCGGGGCUCCAGAGCCCCCCGGUCACGUACAUGCACAUCUGCGAAACGGAGCUGUUCAGUAUGGGGGUGUUCCUGCUCAGGACCGGAGCAUCCAUUCCGCUGCACGACCAUCCGGGCAUGAACGGGAUGCUCAAGGUUCUCUAUGGGAAGGUGAGCGUUCGCUGCUUCGAUAAGCUGGAGGAGAACCUCACGGAUGGCACCGUCCCACCUCAGUUCAAGCCUCCUCUGGCUGCCUUCCAGACGUCGUCGCUGUGCCGCUCGGUGCUGCGCUCCAUCUGCGAGUACUCGGACUGCAGCAGCCCCUGCAUCCUCACCCCUCUGAGGGACAACCUGCACCAGAUCGACGCCGUGGAGGGGCCCGCUGCCUUCCUGGACAUCCUGGCGCCGCCAUACGACCCCGACAAUGGCCGGGACUGUCACUACUACAAAGUCCUGCAAAGCGAGGCCGAGGGGGAAAUGGAUGACAAGAGGAAUGAGGAGGAACAGAAGGAGAAGGAGGAGGCGGAGGAGACGUGGCUGCUGGAGAUCCCUCAGCCGGAGGACUUUGGGUGUGGAGCCGAACCGUACCCAGGCCCCACAGUUUCCAUCUGAAAACACCCACAUGUGACACUAAUGUUUUUACCUUCGUAUACAAGGACAUGGAACGUUAGCAUCAUUAUCACCUGGACCUCAAAGGGAUGGAGUGCCUUGCUCAUGGACACUAUGGCAGGGCAGAGCGUGCACCUACAGGGUCCUGGCCUCAACACAGCAGAGCCACUGCCAAACCUGAAUGAACUCUGCUCAUACUCUGAAAAGUGUUGGAGUCCCCCCCCCCCCCCCCCAAGGCUGUGUCACCUGCUUUGGACCGUUACGUUUUGUUGCAUACACACCGGUGUCAUCACUUCUGUCAACGUGCAGUGGAAUUGUGUGUUGUGUGAGGCGGUCUUUGUGGGUCUGCUGCAGAUGGACUUCCUGGUCAUGUGUCUUAAAGCCAAAGCCCCCCCCCCUUCCAUACCUGCCUUAUUUGUGAAUAUUGAAUGUACAGUUAGCCAGAAUGCCCUUUCUUUUUGUACACCUUCAUGCCUUCCAAAAUGCACACACACUACACCAGGAGUAUUCAAAUCUGGUCCUGGAGGGCCAGUAUCCUGCAUGUUUCAGAUGUUUCCCUCUUCCAGCAUACCUGGAUGUCAUUACAUCAUUAUCAGGCUUCUGCAGAACUUGAUGA